GGCACGCGUCGGUCUAUACGCACUGUUUAUUCGCGGAGGAGUCCAGCUAAAUUACGUGUGCGUGCCUGCUGUCAGUUGAGAGUCGGACGUUGAAUCGCCCGAUACGUCUAAGCCGCCCUCGGGACCGAAGACGCGCAUCCACCUUAAAAAGCUCACACUCCCUCGAAAAGACAAAUCCACUUCCUUUCCACCUGCACCGCACCACACCACAGCCGACCGCAGCCAACUCGCGAGAACACAACCACCCACGCAGAACUCAGCGCGAUAUACGACGCGACCUGCUUUCUACAGCUGAUCAACAGUAAAAUUCGAUAGGCGUACCACAACCCCAAUUAUCACGCCUUCCGAUCCGGGAAUUCACGCGCACGGACCUCCCAUAACAAUGGCUACUUCCCAGGAUCUUCUAUCGCGUCUUUGCCCUGAGCUCCGAAAUCUGGUAUACGAUGAAGUUCUCUUCUAUGAAACCAAUUCCUCUACUAUCAACAGCAAGUUGGCUAGCAACCGGUUGGCCCUCUUCAGCACAUCCCGUUCUCUACACCUCGAGACGGCAUCAUACUUCUUCGCCAACGGAAACUUCAACGUCGAUAUUCCCUCCCCGGCAACACCCGGCGCAACAAUACUCUCCCCGAUUGCCGAUAGCUAUCUUCGCUUCCUUAAGCACCUCACUAUCAAUAUCAGAGUGGGUGAUGCGUCACGUCCAGAAGUUCAAAAGACGGCAGAAGCAAUCACUGCUCUAGCCGAUAUUGGCGCCGACUUCGAAGAAAUUAACCUCAAUAUUGAGGCAGCAUCAUACCUCUCCCCGUUGUUGAAUGCCAGAUUCGAUGACUCGAUCUUGGAUAUGAGUCAUCCUGUCACAGCCUCGCUUCGCCGCAUUCUCGAAUUUGGCGCCUGUAAGAUUAUCCGGGUGCGCUUGGAUGGCGCUUGGUUCGCUGCUGGAGUAGCCACUAAACUUCAAGCGACAUUCGGCCCGUGCAUCCAGUUUGUCUCCCCGGACACAGGUAGUCCGAGAGAUGUAUCACAUUUCGAAAGAGAACUGCGAGGCCGCCGAUCAACAACCCCUCUUCGAAUGUUCACCCACGAAGACCAAUUCCCGAACGUAGAUGACUUGGCAAGCCCGAUUUACUCCGGCGCUUCGUUCAACUCCUUCAUCGGUAUCGAAGAAGGUCUUUCCGCACCUUUCACUGCGGACGCCGAGAUAGAAAGCGAUGACUCGCUAUUUGAUUACGAAUUCGACACCGCAGGCACCAACGAGGAAGAGCUUACAUCGGAUGAUGACGACGUGGACAUCGACGACGAUUUGCUGCCGAUAGACGAGAAAGAAGUCGAAGCGACAGCAGCAGCAUGGGGGGAUUCCGUGAAGGUUCUUGCCGACGACAUUGCGAGCACCGCUGAUAUCGAAUUCAUGAUGCACAUGGCGCCGGAGGUCCUUUGGGAGCCGGAACGAAUCAGCUAUAAAUCCUGAAGAAGCCCAGACGGCACAUCGAAUCCGAUCAAACUCAAGAUGCGGUACGAUCUCAUCCAUCAGGAGUACUGUACAUGCAUGACUCCUUCGAGAGUAGUCACAACCGCGCCCAUAUCA